UUAUUUUAUGUGACCAGUGAGCAUCAACUCUUGUUUCCACUUUCCACUAGAUUUGUCUACCCUUCGUUGGGACGGUAACUCGUGGCACAAUUGACAGCGAUUCAUGGCGGCGGCUCUAAGCUUUCCCCCGCUUCUCUCAACCACACGCCACCACUGCAACCAGCCAACCUCAAACUCUACUUCGGUAACGGUCACUAACGACCGACAUUUCGCCAACCACCCUAUCCUUAAACAAAUCGACCUAUGUUUCAGUACAAAACAGCUGAAGCAAGUCCAUGCCCAGAUGCUCCGCACGGGCCUCUUCUUCGACCCUUACUCUGUCAGCAAACUCAUCACCGCCGGUGCCAUCUCCCCUUUCUCCGAUCUCGACUAUACCCUCCAAGUGUUCGACCUAAUUCCCCAACCAAAUCUCUACACUUGGAACACCCUCAUUCGUGGUUAUGCUUCGAGUCCUGACCCAACUUGGAGCCUCCUAAUCUUCUUGCAGAUGCUUCACCAGUGUCCCGAGUCUCCCAACAAGUUCACCUUCCCUUUCGUGAUCAAAGCCGCAUCCGAGCUUUCGGCUCUGCGGGUGGGAAAGGUCUUUCAUGGAAUGGCGAUUAAACUGUCGCUCGCUUCAGACGUGUUCAUCCUCAAUUCUCUUAUACAUUUUUAUGCGGCCUGUGGGAAUUUGGAUACCGCGUAUCAAGUUUUUGUGAGUAUUUGUGAGAGAGAUGUUGUUUCUUGGAAUUCCAUGAUCACGGCUUUUGCGCAGGGGGACUGCCCUGAAGAGGCUUUGGAGUUAUUUCAACAAAUGGAGGUUGAAAACAUGAGACCGAAUAAUGUGACGAUGGUGGGUGUUUUGUCAGCUUGUGCGAAGAAGUUGGAUGUGGAGUUUGGGAGGUGGGUGCAUUCAUAUAUUGAGAGGAAUGGGAAUAGUCAGAAUUUGACUUUGAAUAAUGCCAUGCUUGAUAUGUACACAAAAUGCGGGAGUAUUGAGGAUGCAAAGACAUUGUUUGAUAGAAUGGUAGAGAAGGAUAUUGUGUCAUGGACAACUUUGCUUGCAGGGUAUACUAAAGUGGGGGAGUUUGAUGUGGCUCGACAGGUUUUUGAUUCGAUGCCGAGCCAAGAUAUUGCAGCAUGGAAUGCCCUAAUCUCUGGUUACGAACAGAGUGGUAAACCGAAGGAGGCGCUGGCUAUGUUCCACAAAUUGCAGCUCAGUAAGGAUGCCAAACCGGACGAGAUUACUUUUGUGAGCACUCUAUCUGCUUGUUCUCAAUUAGGAGCAAUGGAUUUAGGUGGGUGGAUUCACGUGUACAUCAAGAAGCUGGGGAUUAAUUUAAAUUGUCAUCUCGUGACCUCACUUAUUGACAUGUAUGCCAAGUGUGGGGAUUUAGAGAAGGCGCUUGAGGUUUUUUAUUCAGUACAGCAGAAGGAUGUGUUUGUUUGGAGUGCAAUGAUUGCAGGUUUGGCAAUGCAUGGGCGUGGUAGGGAAGCAAUUGAUUUGUUCAUGAAAAUGCAGGAAGCAAAAGUUUCGCCCAAUGCUGUGACAUUUAUCAAUGUAUUGUGUGCUUGUAGCCAUACAGGAUUAGUUGAAGAAGGCAGGCUUUUUUUCAAUCAAAUGGAACCGGUUUAUGGGGUCGUUCCUGGAGUCAGGCAUUAUGCGUCCAUGGUUGAUGUUCUCGGUCGGGCAGGCCUGUUGGAAGAAGCUAUGGAAUUUAUAAAGAAUAUGCCAAUGGCUGCUAGUGCUUCUGUAUGGGGGGCUUUGCUUGGGGCCUGUAGAAUUCAUGGGAACGUUGCCCUAGCUGAGCAGGCUUGUACUCGCUUGCUUGAGUUGGAGCCUAGAAAUCAUGGAGCCUACAUUCUUUUAUCAAACAUAUAUGCCAAAUCAGGGAAAUGGGAAAAUGUUUCACAGUUAAGGAAGCUUAUGAGAGAUUCUGGAUUGAAGAAAGAACCUGGUUAUAGCUCAAUAGAGGUCAAUGGUGCUGUUCAUGAAUUUAUGGCAGGAGAUAAUUUUCAUCCUCAAGCCAAGAAAAUCUACUUAAAGUUGGACGAGAUUAUGCAAAAAUUGAAAUCAAUUGGUUAUGUGCCAAACAUGGCCCACCUGCUGCAACUUGUUGAAGAAGAAGAUGUAAAAGAGCAAGCACUGUACCUUCACAGUGAGAAGUUAGCUAUUGCCUUUGGACUCAUUAACAUGUCUCCGUCUCAACCAAUUCGAAUAGUGAAGAAUCUUCGUGUUUGUGGAGACUGCCACACAGUUGCUAAGCUUGUAUCUAGACUAUAUGAUAGAGAGAUACUGUUGAGAGAUCGAUAUCGGUUCCAUCAUUUUAAAGCAGGGAAUUGCUCCUGUAAGGAUUAUUGGUAAAUGGAACAAUUGAUUUAAGAAUUAUAAAAUGGUAACUGGUAUGAAACUAGAUCCAAUCAACAUGACAGCAGACUAUGCAGACUAUUGUUGGGACAAGUUAGUAUGAGGCAAGAGUCGUUGGAAUCAUGAGCUGAAGUUGAUCAGAAGAUGUCUGACAUAAUGAUUCCAUUAAUCAAUUGGAAGCUUUUAGGAAGAAGAUAAGGUACACGUAGGCAGAAUACAACAUUCAGUUUAUCUAUGCUCAGGGAGCAUUCCGAAGAUUUCCUGCUAGUUAUGUUAAUGAAUGCAAUAUGCAUAAUUGGCUAUACCUCUUAUUAGACCUCCCGUUGCCUAAGAUACAUGUUUAUGUCACUCAGUUGAACAUUUGUUCUCUUAUAUUUCUGGAAAAUCCUGUGGAUCAGAACUUGUAAAAUUGUGUUAUCACUAUCAAGCUCAAAUACAAAAAUGAAAUUAUUAUUUGAAGCAA